GAAGCACAACGGAGUGAAGGCAGUGCAACAAGCAGCAGCGAGUCAGCUACCCGUCGUUCAUAAUUUAUAUGGGGUUAAGUGUUUUAUUUCUGCAGUGUUCACUGACUGUCUGGAUAAAUAAACUCUACAGAAACUUCCUCUCAUUUCUAACCGGAGUGAAGAGCACAUGAGCUGGUGUGAAAAGAUGGGCUCUUAAAGGCUAAGCAUGAUGGCGGAACAGAUGGAUCAGGGUGAUGAUGUGGGGCUGGUGAUCCCGCCAGAGACCAGUGACCUUCAAAAAGAGGAUGAGGCACACUGUCUCCAACAUUUCAGACAAGGCAUCAUGCUGCAGCUGAUAGAUGAUCUCUCAUAUGAAGAUGUAAAGAAAUGCUAUCGGGGAUCUACUGUCAGCAAGUACAACUCUCAGUACCACAAACUUUUCCAGAACAUUCCCAAAGAGGAGAUCCUCAUGAAAGUGUACUCGUGUGCUCUCCUACGGGACAUCCUGCUGCAAGGACGACUCUAUAUCUCCCGCAACUGGCUGUGUUUCUACGCUAACCUGUUUGGCAAGGACAUCAAGGUGGCUAUCCCUGUAGUUUCAGUUCGUCUGGUGAAGAAGCACAAAACAGCUGGUCUGGUCCCUAAUGGCCUCGCCAUCACUACAGACACCAGUCAGAAGUAUGUUUUUGUCUCACUCCUGUCUCGGGACAGUGUGUAUGAUGUCCUCAGGAGAAUCUGCACCCAUCUGCAGGUCAAUGGUAAGAAGAGUCUGAGUCUAAAGCAGUAUCUAGAAGAGCCAGGCUCACUAUCAACUGAUGAGUUCCCAGUGGCCAGCGCUUACCCUGCAGUGUUAAAAUGGCGCAGGAAGCCUUCGGUUCCAUCCGUCUCCUCCUCUCUACCCGAUCUGUUGGGAAAUUCCACCAGCAGUGCUGGAAAGCCUCCGUUUGCAAGUGAAACUCAGCUGCAGGAGAGACGUCUCGAGGCUGAGAAUAUCCUUCUGACUGAGCCUGUACCAGAACUAGGUCACAUGGAAUAUCAGCUUCUCAAGUUCUUCAUCCUGCUUAUUAUACUGCUGAUUAUGUCAUCCUGUUACCUGGCCUUCCGUGUGUGCAGUCUGGAGCAGCAGCUCUCCUUCCUCAACACACAGCCUACGUUACCUAUGAGAGAGAGGUAACACAGGUUUAAAAACGGCUUUGCUCUUGUCCAGUGUAGCCAUUAGCAGAUAGAAAAGAAUCACUUAGUGGAGUCUUGGACAGAAUCUUUACUGAUCCACUACUGACCAACAGCAGAGGAGGAAAAUAGAAAAAAAUGACACUUCUGUCAUCUGUUAGUUUCUUGUCUGGACUGAACUUAUUCAACAAAUAAAGUAGGUCUUCGGUAUAAGCUGCAAUGUAAUCUCACUAAGGAGCAGUUUGCUGAUGGUGCUAGUUAUCUGACUUUCCCACUAUGGGAACUCUACGACAUCAUCCACCAGCAAGACCGAGAGACCGAGGACAAUCGGACACACUGUCACUUCCUUCAUCGUUCUUCAAAUGUCAAUCAUUGCAUGAGACUCACCAGUGAAAGACGGUCAUAGUGCCAGUGAGAUUUGUUUGUUUAAGAGAGAUGUUUCAUGAAGGUCUUUGCUUUGGAAAGUACAUAGUGAUGAAAUGCAUUUCAGGUAAGAUGAAUCAUUUCACCCACAGAAAGAUGGAUUUGUCAUAAUGCUACAAGUGCCUGGAAGAGUGAAACGACUUAAAUGGAUGAAGCUUCAGUGUGUAGUCAGAGAUGUGUGUUCUGUUGUUGGAUAAAGAAGGUUUUGUGUGAUUCAGACUGUUUUGGGAAAGCCAAUUCAAAAUUAUAGGGGCAGUAAUGCCACUGAAUGGACAUGAAGCAUGUCAUUGUAUGAUUAUAUGCCUGUUAACUUUGCUUUUGAUUUACUACAUUCUGCUGUAGGAAGAAGCUGCAUGUAGUGAUGUACUUGAAAUUUCAGAAGACAUAGGAGUACUUAGUUUAUUGAAAAUGAAAAGCACAUUUUAAAUGAGCAUAGGUGCAAUUUGCUUUCUAGUACAGAUUUACUAUAUUUAUUUGUGAUAUUUUGUACAACAUAGUUUUUUUUUCUUGAGAAGGAUAUAUACUCACAGUGUACAGCAUAGUUUUUUAACUGUCACACCCAGUUAGACCUCAUUGACCAAUAAACGGUUUUAACCUGU